AUGAUCAAGGAGAACUUUGAUGUUCUGGACUGGUCGAUCCCUGAUAAUUUGCUUCCCAAUUUUGCUGAAAUUGAGCAGGCAAGUGGACUUUUAGUUUCGACGCCUUGGCACCGAUUGAACAGCGUAGGCUAUUUGUUAAAUGCGUUUUGUGCACCCUGA